AUGUUAUUAGAAAGCUUUUUCGUCAAAACCGUACCAUACAAGGAGAUUGAUGGCGGCGCUCCCAUUUUUCUGGAUGUGAUGAUACCAAAGCAUUUAUCUAGAAACCUUCAUGCAGUUCACAUUCAUCUUCAUGGUGGUUUCCUUGUAACUGGAGCGAGAAACAACCUGGACAUAAUUCCGCCACGCAUCUUCAGUCAUACGAUCCAAAAUGAUAUCAUCUUGGUCUCGCCUGAUUAUCGACUGCUUCCCGAAAGCAACGGGCUUGACAUUCAUGAAGAUAUGAAGGAUAUGUGGAUCUGGAUCCGACAAAGUCUGAACCGGACGGUCGAGAGCAUGACCACUGGUGCAAGCCGAGUCGAUCUCCAAAAGAUUGUGGUAUCAGGGGAGAGCGCUGGAGGCUAUCUAGCUUUACAACUGGCGCUCAGUCACCCGACGGAAAUCCGCGCUGUCAUUGCUAGUUAUCCUAUGGUUGAUAUGAGACAUCCUCACUUCAGCCAAGCUGGGCAGAAGCAGAUAGGCGCGUAUCCACAGUACCCAGAAACUCUUAUCAGCGAACAUUUGCAGCAAUCACCAGACGGGGCUAACCCGACCAUGAGAGAGUUCAGCCGCCAAAGUCUUUCGAUAGCUCUCAUGCAGCACGGCCGUUACCUCUAUUUUUUCGGACAUGACCGAGAGCUCUUCCCCAUCGAAAGAUUAGAGGACGACGCAUCCCUAGCACCGACCCUGCCUUUCAUCUGGAUUCAUCACGGCACCGCGGACUCGGAAGUGCCGAUUGAUGGUUCCCGGAAGUUUGUUGACUUGUUAAAGCGCCAGAAUCCAGGCGCUAGGAUUCGGUACGAAGAACUUGUAGGUGCAGAGCACGGUAUCGAUAGCGAGAUGUUUCUCAUAAGGUCAGGAGAGUGGGAGCGCGGAAUCAGAGUCGUCAACAACCUGCUCUUCGGCGAAAAGGAACCGUAA